AAGCACAAGUCUCCAUUUGAGGCAUAGCGAUUCCUCUUUCGGCAAUUGGUGAGUCUGACGCAGUGAAGAAAUCCCCAAUUCUGCGAUGGCGUCCGCUGCGAAAUCCCUAAUCCAAACCCUCCGUCGUUACAUAAAGAAACCCUGGGAAAUCACCGGCCCUGUAGCUGAUCCAGAAUAUCGUUCCGCAGUACCGAAGGCUACGGAAUACCGCGUCUUCUGCCCCGCCACCGUCCCCGCUAAAGCCAUCGUCCCCACUUCCUUACCAGAAACCGUUUACGACAUCAAGUACUUCUCUCGCGACCAGCGCCGCAACCGACCCCCAAUAAAACGCACCGUUUUGAAGAAGGCUGACGUGGAGAAGAUGAUGAAGGAGAAGACUUUUGAUCUGACUGAUUUCCCUAGGCCGUACUUGACUGCGAAAGUCAUCGAGGAUGAUAAUGCUAUCGGUGGCGGAUACCAGAAAUAAAAUCUCCGAGUCUGUGAGAUGCGACAGUUAACUGAGUUCUCAAAAUUCUCACUGAUGAGGCUUAGAAAGGUCAACCUGGUUUCACACAGCAGGUUUCUCUGCCUUUUAGUACUUGCCAUAUUUCUCUAUUUUCCCGUCCUGAUCUCUGUUUCAUGUAUUCAGACAUCUUAAUUAAGGCAAGAAGGUUUGUGACAUAAAGUGUAGUCAAGUUCUUCUGUCAAUAAUGCAUGUUGCACCUCAGGCAAUAUUCAAUGCUGCUUUAUAUUUCUGAACGCCGUUGGAAGAGUGGCUCAUUUGGUCUCCUUUGUUCUGAAAUUUGAUUGCUAUCAGGACCCUUGAAGCUUGUAUAAUUUCUUGAGGUAAUGAAAACACUCUGCACAUUAUAACA